AUGGACGCGGUACCGAUCUCGAAGAAGCUGAUCGCCUUCGGCAGCAAGAAGAUCUAUCUGCCCAAGUUCACGGUUGCAAUGGUGCGCGCACCAGGCCUUUCUCCAUACCACGCACGCUUCCUUGUCCCACUCGACUUCUCCAAGUACGAUCUCCGUGACUACCUCUACCAUGCGUACAAUGUCAAAUGCUUCAACAUUCGAUCAUACGUUAAGCAGAUGCCUAUCCGCGACACAGUACAACAACCGCGCCACUGGUUCCGCGACGAGUCGAAGAAGUACAUGACAGUUGAGAUGGAACAGCCCUUCGUGUGGCCCGAAGUGCCAGCGGAUACGAAACCUUGGGGUUUGGGACAGGUGAAGUCGGAGACUGCGCAGGCGGCUGAGGCCAACGGAAUCGUGACUGUAGAGCAGAAGAGGCAAAAGGCUAAAUCACUAAGAGAGCAGGUGAAGGCGCUCAUGACGAAGAAGGAGCCUUUGGUAGAUAGGAGUAUUGCACAGAAGAGGGCGGAAGGUAGAGAUCUUACGCCCGACGAGCUGCAGAAGGAGGAGACCGCAAUGCGAAAGAAGGCAGAGAACGAGAAGAUGUCGGCAUUGAAGUUCUGGGAAGAGAAGAGGACAGGGAAAGUUGUGCAAAGUGAUGAGUCGAGUCGUUACACGAUCAAGGCAUGA